AUGGGCGGUGAUGAGAUGAACACUGAAGUCAUAGAGGCAGGCGUGAGGGACUCAGACGUGGUGGACGAUGAAGAGGUAUACCACGAGCAGGUCCAUUACGAACAGGUGGACGAUGAGCGGGGAGACGAGCCAAAUUGGGAUGGAACGAACAACCAAACUAGGAAGGCGAACAAAGGAAGUAUGCACAUGAUGGAAGCAGCCCUGGGGGGGGUGAACAGGAAGAGUGGGGAGGGCACCUCUUUAGAAGGUAAAGAGGGGGGAAACAUGAAGGAGCAGAACGAUGAGGAAGAACACGGAGGCGAAACGAAAGAACCAGAAGGGGGAGAAGCAUAG